UGAGUGCUGGCCAAAUUGUUGCAAUGGCAGAGGCAGCGGUGUCGAUUGCUCUUGAAACCAUCCGUGAUUUGCUAUUGGAAGAGGGACGGUUUUUAGCUGGUGUUGCCGAUCAAGUCAAGGAGCUCGAGCGGCAGCUCAAAGAGAUGAAGUGUUUCCUCAAAGACGCUGAUAAACGACAACAUGAAAGCAGUACGAUCUUCAAUUGGAUCUCGGAGAUCAGAGAUCUCGUCUACAGAUCUGAAUCCGCCAUUGAAAGACACGCAGCUUAUCAAGUUUAUUCAAGGAGAAUAAGCCUCAGGCAGUUCGUGCGCAAAUAUUCCUGCAUUUUGAUAGAUUGCAACUCACUCCACCAAUUAGGCUCCGAGAUUUCACAAAUUACAUCAAGUCUGGAGAGGAUAAGCAAGGCUAUGCAAGAAAACGGCAUAAAAAGAAGCAUAAUCAUGAAUCCAAAUGGAGAGCGGGAAAGCUCGGGUGGAAACAACAUGUCAAGGAAGACUUUCCCCAAUUUGGAGAUGGGAGAUUGCUUCAUAGGCAUGGAGGAUGAGCUGAAGCAGCUGGUUCAAUUCCUAGGGCAAGAAACAGAGGAUCGAAUUAUAUCUGUUUGGGGAAUGGGAGGGUCAGGCAAGACCGCCAUUGCCAAGAAGCUCUACAACGAGACAACCGACUUUGAUCUCUCGGCAUGGGUUUGCAUUACUCAGCAAUGUGAGAGUCGAUCAGUUUGGGAGGAUGUUUUGAGGCAACUAGAGAUGAAGAACAAGAAGAAGAAGGGUGUUUCAUGCCUGAAUGACGAGCCACGAAUGAGGGAGGAGGUUCCGAAUCUGAGCAAUUCAGAGUUGAUUGAGAGACUAUGUGAGAUACAGAUAGAGAAGCGAUGUCUCAUUGUUUUGGAUGAUGUUUGGGAGCUUGAUCAUUGGCGUGAGUUGAAGCAUCCAUUCAUUGUUCAAAAUUUGCGGAGCAAAAUAUUGGUGACAACACGGAAACAAAAGGUUGCAGAGAUUGGAUUGGCAGUGAAACAUGGGCUCUUACAUAUGGACGCUGCUUUGGAACUACUCAAAUACAAAGCAUUUCGGCAUGGAAAUAUUCCAGACUUUGCAUUGGAAGAAGAAUUUGAAAAAAUUGGGAAAGAAAUGGUGCAGAAAUGUGGGUAUUUGCCAUUGGCAAUUUGUUUACUCGGUGGGGUUUUGAGAGAGAAAAAAUCGAUUGUUGAGUGGGAAUCAGUAAAUGAGCACAUCAAAGCAGCCAUAUACGGAGUUGAAGAGCAGAUUGAUGGAGUGCUUAAUUUAAGCUAUGAAAGUCUACCCUAUUAUUUGAAGCCUUGCUUUAUGUAUAUGGGUAUUCUUCACGAGGAUGAAAACAUACUUACUUGGGAGCUAUAUAGCAUGUGGAUUGCACAAGGCAUGAUUUCAUAUGAGAAUAUUGGAGACAAGGAGGAUACUUUAAUGGAUAUCGCUGAGUUAUACUUAAGUGAGUUAGCCUCCAGGUCCAUUGUUCAGGUUGAAAUUUAUUAUGAUUAUGAUGUAGCAAGUAGAAAUUUUAAGUAUAAGACAUGCAAACUUCAUGAUGUAGUACGAGAACUAUGUUUGAAAUUGGGAAAAAGGGAGCAUUUUGGUGUGCAGAGUUUGGAGUAUAAAGGUGGGAAACUUAGUACCUUACUACGGGAAGCUUCGUCGGAUAUGAAAAUACAACAUUUAGCUAUUCAUUUCAGAAGUGAAGUCGAGCAUGAGCAUAUAGUUUCUUGUGGAAAAGAUAUUACGGAGCAUAUAAGGUCUGUUCAAUACCCUUGAUUUGAGGUAUUCAAACAAUGUUGAAGUUCCAAAUGUUUUUAAGGAGAUGUUGCGAUUAAAACACUUGACUCUUCCUGUCUAUGGAGAUGAAAACAUUAGAGAUUAUCGACUAAGAUUGGACGAGGGAGUAUAUGAGUUGGAGACUCUAUUUUGCUUUGAUAGUAGAUGUCAUGAACUUAAAUGUAUGGACAAAAUGAAGAAUCUCCGACGUUUUAUGGCAAUAAUACACGAUAAUGAUAGCUUGUCAGCUAUCAUGAAUGGCAUUAUGAACUGGAACAAGAUAAGCGAUUGUUGUGUUUCCAUUGAAGGAAGUUGCGACUUAACAGGUGAGCGAAUGCUGGAGAAGGCUUUGACAUGUCCCAAUCUUUAUGAAUUGAUUAUUAAUUCAAAAAUAGGGAAGGCGCUGGCAGAGUGCGGGAGUGAUUUGUUGAGCUCGAAACUUAGGCAGUUGGAUCUGUCUGAUUCUGAGAUUGAGGAUGAUCCAAUGGGGAUACUGGGAAAGCUUCCUUGCUUGAUACAAUUGGAAUUAGGUCCGGAGUCAUUUGUUGGGGAGGAGAUGACGUGUCCAGAAAAUAGUUUUCUUCGCCUCAAGGAGCUAGAAUUAAUAGGUUUACCGAAGUUGAGGAUGUGGAGAGUGGAGGCAGGAGCCAUGCCCCUUCUCUCUCAAUUAAAGUUCGAAGAAUGUUCUUGUCUAGAGAUGAUGCCAGAGGGAUUGAGUGGCAUUUCUUCCCUUCAGACUCUUGUAAUUGAAGGAAUGCCAAAAUUGAAAGAAAGGGUAUCAGCAUCAGGACAUGAUUUCCACAAAGUCCGCCAUGUCCCUUCAAUUCUUAUCAAGGACUAGUAAUAUUCACCCAGUAGCAUCAUUGUAUAUUAUGGUGGUUGAGCAACUUGGAGAGCAACUGAUUGAUUAUCACUACCACUUUUGGUGCUCAAUAAAAACAGUUUACCUUUCUCUAAAGGCUACAUUCCUUGCUAAGGUUUUGUUGAAGCUCAACUCGUUGUAAGAUACUACUCCUAGUAUAGUUGUGUUUGAAUUGAUAUUAUUGAUGGUCUGUAAUAACUCAUACGUUGUAAGUGAAAAAUUAUAUAAUUGUGUUUGUGUUGAAUUCGAUUUGUAUUGAGUUGAAAUUGAUAGUCUGUAAUAACUCAAAUGUUGAAAGUGAAGUAUUGUAUGAUUGUGUUUGGGUU